AUGAUAGGCGACGCAUCUCUAGGGACAGCUCGAUCUCGCCGGUUCCGCCUCCCGGUACUCAAAGUGCCCUCUCCAAAUUACCGCAAACAUGUAGACAAGCCCGGAAGCUGUUCUGCCGUGUGGAUCUCCGAGGACGGCAGGACGGUUCUAAAAGCCCCUCAGGCUUUCCACCUUGAUGGAUGCGACGAUGCAGCGACAAUUCAGUAUCAAGCCUUUGAGAAAGAGUCGGUUGAUAUGUUGGAACGUGAGAAGGUGAUAUAUAAACAUCUAGGCCAGCAUGAAGGGAUUCUUCCCUGCCUACAAAUCAUCGAUGCAGGACUCGUGUUUCCCUACUUGAAGAACGGCAAUCUUCGGGAGUUCCUGCGAAAUUCUGAUAGACACAUAGCCAUUCCCACAAAGCUCGGCUGGAUUCAGAGUGCCCUGAAAAGUAUAGAGUUUAUCCACUCAAAAGGCGUUCUUCAGGCCGACAUCAGCACCCGCAACUUUCUCGUAGCCGACGAUCUGUCAAUCCUCCUCUGUGACUUCUCUGGUUCGAUGAUCGGUGCGCAGACGAGCUUGGUUCGACCUGAGACUCGCUAUGAAAAGGUCGAGGCCACGGAACCACUCGACAUCUCAGUUGCCACGGAGGGUUUCGCAAUUGGGAGUCUUAUCUACGAGAUUAGCACAGGAAAAAGACCGUACGAUGACAUCGAGGAUGACGAAGUCGAGAGACUCUUCAGGCAAGGGGUGUUCCCAGAAACGGGCAAUGUAUAUCUCGGCGAAAUUAUUCGGAAAUGCUGGUUGGGAUAUUUCAAGUCAGUAGCGGAGAUAUCACAGGCUGCAUUGGCAGUAUAUUGA